AUGGUGACACUUCAGAGGGACGGUUCUGAUGGCUAUGGGGAUUGUGGGAAUUGCAAUGAUGGUCCAAAAUGCGAGUGUUUGAAGGGUUUUAGGCCUAUGUCACCAGAGAAUUGGGCAAGGGUUGAUUGGUCAAGUGAGUGUGUGAGAAAGUGGGAAUUGGAUUGUGGGAAUGGAGAUGGGUUUGUCAAGUAUGGAGGAAUGAAGUUGCCUGAUUAUUCACAUUUGGCAGCGAGUAGGAAUUUGAGCAUUUGGGAAUGUGAGGCUGUCUGUUUGAGGAAUUGUUCACGUAUGGCUUUUAGUAAGAUAGAUAUCCAUGGAAAUGGAGGGGACUGUUUGUUGUGGUUUGGUGAUUUGCUUGAUAUGAGAGAUUUUGAAGGAGGUGGGGAUGAUCUCUAUAUAAGAAUGGCAAAAGCAGAACUAGAGGCAAUUGCUGAUGCUAAGAGGAAUAGAUGA